CAAUUGCACAAUCGUAGCAGCAUCUCGAAAUGUCAGCUGUGGAAAGUACAACCCCAUACCAAUUGUGAAAAGUAGAGAAAGUCCCUACUCAUUUAACACCACAACAGUGACCAACAACUCUAUCACGGUGACGUGGCCAACCUUUGCACAACAGUGUCACAGACAGAAUUUUCACCACGUCAAAGCUUUCUACUAUUACAAGCUGGACGCUGCACCACAUGAGCCAGAAACCAACUCUCCACUGGUCAUCUUUAACGAAACUAUGACGGAGGGAACGUUUGUUGGACUUACUCCCGGAAAGGAAUAUCAAGUUCAACUGAAAUCAACUGGGGACCCACAUCCGGUUAUCGAAAAACAUCAUUUUACUUAUUCUUUCAUAACAACCGAGAUAAUUGCUACAGACCCUUCUCCUGCAGAAAAAGUCUUGAUUUCCGAAAGGAGCUCAACAUCCGUGACUUUGAACCUGAUACCACCGUAUGAAGGAUUUGUAGACCUGUUCCAAAUACAAGCAACCUCACCAAAGCAUUCAAGCCCACUUGUGGACGUGCCUUUCCCUGAUGGGAACCAACCAAGUGUCGAAGCGUAUCUUUCCAACUUGCAGCCUGAAACAACUUACAAUCUUUCAGCCACAACUGUCGCCAAAGGCAAAAGGGGCCAGGCUAAAGUGGUCACCUUUACGACAGAGACUGUUCCUGUUGAUUCAAAGGUUGUGGGUUCGGUCACAAGUGUCGGUGUGGUCGUUGUCAUUGCAGCUGUCUUCUGCACUGUGCGGAUAGUAAAACGACUGAAAUACAGGUUGGACCCGGCACAAUUAUUCAAGGAAGUUCUUGAGGACAUCGUCGGAUCUGAGAAGAUGGAGCCAUGGCUGAAGAACAGAAAGGAUCUACGACUUGAGAACCUAAUCGGCGAGGGAGAGUUUGGUCACGUGCGGAAGGGUGUAUUGAGGGAAAAAGGACAGCAGGACAUCAUUGUAGCUGCCAAAACGCUCAGAGUGGACCGAGCCAAUGAGAUCACCUACCGAGACUUCGCGAAGGAAGCGAGUCUGCUGAUAGAAGUCAACGAUGAUGGAGGUCACAUGAACAUCGUCAGUCUGAUCGGACUAGUCGUUGAUGGGGAGAGGAAGAAAGAUCCCCGGUACAUCCUUGUAGAGUACGCCGAGCCAGGAGAGUUGCUCUGGUACUUGGUUGGCAUCCAAAACAACCGAUACCAGGCCGACUUCCCGCCGGGCUUAGGGCAACAGCUCACCGAGGUGGCUAUCGACAUCGCCCGGGGAAUGCUUGAGCUCAAACACCGAAAGAUCACCCACCGUGACCUGGCGUGUAGGAACAUCGUCCUGUCCUCUCCUGAUGGUCCUGCCGGACGGCUGGUCGCCAAAAUCUCCGACUUCGUACUGGCACGUGACGUGUACGUGACCACACAGUACAUGAGGCAUCCUUUGACAAAUGUACUGCUCCCGAUCAAGUGGAUGGCGUUAGAGUCUUUGCUGGAGGGUGUUUACAGCUGUAAGAGUGACAUGUGGGGGUUUGGUGUCGUCUUGUGGGAGAUAGCCACUUUGGGAGGAACCCCUUAUCCCGAGGUGUGUGGCUAUGAGACCUUGGUGACGAGACUGCGUCGAGGGUUCCGCCUACAGAAACCGAAUGGAUGUUCAGAUAAAUUAUAUGAACUCAUGAACCUCUGCUGGUUGGAUGACCCGGAUGUAAGGCCCACGCCUGACGUCAUUCAAAACAAGUUGGAAGAACUGCUUCACCAGGACAAGGCUUUCUUUCCGGAGACCUAAAACGUGGUACUGGACACAAACAUGUGGAUGACAUGAGGACUUGUGGAUGACAUGAAAAGCGGCCUGCAGGCCGAUUUGAGCUUUCAUGAAUAAAUAAAGGUUCAAACAAACAAACAAACAAACUUUUUGGUUACUACAUAUGAAAGUUUUAUAUAGCUAACAGUGCGGAGGGCGUUUACUUUUACUCCAUGUACAGAUUUAAGUAUGCUAAUGCGCAUUACUCUUAAUAAAACUAUGAUAGACACGGUUAUACUAAAGUGAUGUAAGCAUUGGUUUAACAGUUUUAACCGAGUCAGUUAUGUUGUGUGUUGGUUUGGAAAGUUUGAUACGCAUUCUCUUACUAAUCAUGAAACAAUAGUACACACGUUUAUGCCACAGCGUUGUAAACAUUGGUUUAACACUUUUAAUAGCCAAGACACGUACCUAUUGUAAAGCCAAUAUAGGAUUAGCCGAUUCAUUUGUUUUGUGUGUUGGUUUGAAGUUUGAUACGCAUUAAUUACUCUUAAUAACCAUGUAUCUAUACUAGACACGUUUAUAUCACAGAGAAUUUUUACAUGCAUUACUCUUGAUAAUCACUAAACUAUAUAUAUAG